GUGUCUUUCCCUCACCCACGAGGCCCCAGACACCUCCAUCUUUACUCCGUACCCCCUCCACUUUUCCACUCCCUUCGGGCCCCCUCCUGUACCCUUGGUCUCUACAUUCCUCUCCUCGAGGUAGCACCGUCGGUAUGUCUUUCUGCCAUUCUUCUGUCCUUGCAGCCUGCGCGACACUCGGUUCCGCCACAGCACCUUAGCCCCUCCUUGAUGAGCUCUCUCAUCUUCCAUAGAGCAUGAAUGCGAAGCUCAAUAACCCUGAAUAGAUCGUUGGCGCCAGCGCCAGCAUCCCAGCCGCCGCUUAGGUCCCUUCCCCAGCUAGAGCGCGCCUCCGUCUCAGCGUCCCGCGUUUCCUGAGAGCUUCGGCGCACCCAUCAACCUGGCUGGAAACAAGCGUAGGAGUUUCUCCUCCCAAGGAGGCCUGUUGAACAGGAUGUUUGGUACCUCGCCUGGAAAAGAGGAUGAGACCAACGCAGUGGAUGGCCCCCACUUUGCUGACGCGCAGAAGAGCGCAUCGCCGCCAGCCGAUGAAACCAGCCCUAGCAGAGAGAAACGUGGGAGCACCUCGGCAUCCGCUGAGCGCAAAAACAGCGACACCAACGCCGGUAGUACGAACAAGAGGAGGAGCAGUGGCGUUUCGCGUGCGCGAGACAUGUUCUCCAAUGCGAAACAGUCUUUGCAUCUACAUGGCUCAAGUAGUUCCGGGACUGCCACCGCGGAGAGGGGUCAAUCCAACAUACAGAAACUAUCAAAGGCUGAUCCGGCGCUAAGUGUUCAGCAAGGCCCUCACAACAAUUCAGCUGGCGAGUCUCACCCUGGGCCACGAUCCACGUUUCGAGUUGGUGUCACCGAGGACAAGAACAAAAAAUGCCGCCGGACCAUGGAAGACACUCAUGCGUAUCUCUACAACUUCCUAAGCACGCCCGCACCGAACUUUGGCCUUGAUAGUAAUCGAAGCUCAGCGCCUGACUGUGACUCGACCUCGGAUUGCUCCUCGCCACCAGUAGUAGAAACAGACAAUGGGUAUUUCGCCAUCUUCGACGGCCAUGCCGGUACAUUUGCAGCGGAUUGGUGUGGAAAGAAGCUCCAUCUAUUGUUGGAGGACGCAAUUCGGAAGAAUCCAAACACCCCUAUACCCGAACUGCUCGACCAGACCUUCACUGCCGUCGACCAACAAUUGGAGAAACUGCCCCUGAAGAACUCUGGCUGCACAGCAGUGAUAGCAGUCUUAAGAUGGGAAGACCGGGUCCCGAACCCGCAAUCUUCCACAGGAUCCGUUCUUCUUGCGCCAGCAGCCGUGGCAGCAGCGAAGAACGCCGCAGACGCUGGGGACAAAGGCGCCGAUGCUGCUGAUCGUGCUGCUGGAGACGCACUAGCUCAAGCGCAACAAGCUGCUGAGACGAAGCUUCGAAAUGAUGCCAGCCGUCAAAGGGUUCUGUAUACAGCCAAUGUCGGAGAUGCGCGCAUCGUCCUUUGUCGCAAUGGCCGAGCCCUUCGGCUGUCAUACGACCACAAAGGCAGUGACGAGAAUGAAGGACGUCGCGUUGCAAGUGCAGGUGGACUCAUCCUCAACAAUCGCGUCAACGGUGUGCUCGCUGUAACGCGAGCUCUCGGUGAUGCGUACAUGAAGGACCUGGUGACUGGCCAUCCCUACACGACCGAGACCGUCAUCCAGCCGGAUCAGGACGAGUUUCUCAUCCUCGCUUGCGAUGGGCUCUGGGACGUGUGCUCUGACCAAGAAGCCGUCGAACUCAUCCGCCAUAUUCAGGAUCCUCAACUCGCGUCCAAGACGUUGGUUGACCAUGCGUUAGCGCGUUUCUCAACCGACAACCUGUCCUGCAUGGUCGUUCGUUUCGACAACAAGGCAGUCAAGGCACGCAAGCACGAAGCCUCGAUUGGCGUUGAUGGAGAUACCAUUGGCACGAAGGCAGGCAUCAGUGAGGCCGAUGCUAUCCUCUCUCAGGCGAGGAAUAACGUGGGCGAACCUGAACAGUCCGUUGAGAAGGCAGCGGCCGUCAUCAUGGAAGAGGAGGAGUCCGAGCAAGCCGCAGAGUUAGCGCCUGAGCUGAACGCGGGAGCGUUGAAGGUGGCCGAGAAGAAUCCUGCUUGAGCGAUAUUCUGCGGCAGGCCCUCCUUUUCGGAUGCCGAACUGAUUGAUAUGCAAAUGGUGCUGUGAUCUGCUUGCAAGCUGGCGGCACACGGAAGAGUUACAUUCGCUAUGUCCUUCUGAGGUUUUACAAGUUAUCUCCUGACCAGCACUUUUCCGGGCAUGUACUGUACCAAGGAAGCCAGGCGUUGCAAGGCCAAUCCAAGCAUACCUUUUUUUCUUUCCUUCUCAUAGACCAGUC